AUGCACACACUGCCGGACGUAGGGAUAAGCGAGCUGGAUGAUAAGCUGCAGCUAAGCAAUAUUAUGGAAGUAACAUGCAGAGUUGAAAAACCGUAUUUUUCUUGCAGCGUACCACCUAGCGAUCUACUUCUACGUUUGGGCGAGCACGAUCUUUCCACUGACAGCGAACCGUACAUACACCAAGAAAGAAGAGUGCAAAUAGUUGCCGCUCACCCACAAUUCGAUCCGCGCACCUUCGAGUACGACUUAGCCCUCCUUCGGUUUUACGAACCGGUCCAAUUCCAACCGAACAUUAUUCCGGUAUGCGUACCGAACACCGAUGAAAACUUCGUGGGCCGAACGGCGUACGUGACCGGCUGGGGGCGUCUCUACGAAGAUGGUCCGCUGCCCAGCGUUUUGCAGCAAGUCGCAGUACCGGUAAUCAAUAACACAGUUUGCGAGUCGAUGUACCGGUCGGCGGGGUACAUAGAGCACAUUCCCCACAUUUUCAUUUGUGCCGGCUGGCGAAAGGGAGGCUUCGACUCGUGCGAGGGUGAUUCGGGCGGUCCCAUGGUAAUACAACGGGAAGACAAGCGAUUUCUCCUAGCCGGUGUUAUCUCGUGGGGUAUCGGUUGUGCGGAACCCAACCAGCCUGGCGUUUACACGCGAAUAAGUGAAUUUAGAGACUGGAUCAACCAAAUCCUUCAAUUUUAACAGAGACAAUUGUUGCCACCCUAUAAUUUAUUUUAGGUAUUAAACCGUUGCGUUGUUUUCCUUGUGUGAUAUAUGUACGAGCAUAGCCGAAGAGAGUUUUCUUUACUAGUUGCAGUUUUUAGAUGAUUUUAUACAGCUCUUGAAAAGUUACUAAAAGUUAAACUGUUGGUGUGUGUGUAUGAAAGGUUAUUAAUCCAAAUAAUUUUAUUCCAGACCGGAAUCGCUUUUUGGAAUAUUAUUAUUUACGCAAUGAUUCCCUUAAUGGUAAUGAUUGUUAAUUGUUAUGCCGUGAGAAUUAGUUGAGUUUUAAAUUAUUUAAUAUAAUUAUAUCUCGUAAUAGUUAAUUUAU